AUGGUGACAUCAAUGGAAAUCGAGAAUGAUGUCCUGGACAUACUGGGUCAGCAGCCAGGGAUGCACAAGCUGUACACCCAAAUAUGCUCCAUCUACGCUGUACCAGACUCGUCAAAUUUCGACACGAUCAUCAAUACUUUGAGGAAUGGACUCGAUGAAUUGACUGAGUCAAUUCCCUGGCUCGCCGGAGAGGUUAUAAAUGAGGGCGCGAGUGAAAGAAAUACUGGCGUCUAUAAGAUCAUCCGUACGGAAAGGAUCCCACUCAUCGUCAAAGAUCACCAACAAGAUACCUCUGCGCCUACAAUGAACGCUCUCCGAGAAUCCAACUUUCCUAUAUCGAUGCUUCAUGAAAACAUUAUCGCGCCAUGUUUGACUAUCAACUUACCUGGGAAUACUGUCGGGUUAGCGGCUCACUCCGCGCCUGUCUUUGCCGUCCAGGCUAAUUUCAUCACUGGUGGCCUCAUUCUUACUUUUGUCGGACAGCACGAUGUUAUGGACAUGACAGGCCAAGACGCUAUCAUUGAGUGGCUGGACAAUAUCUGCCAUGGAACACCACUUACUCAAGAGGAUAUCUCGAUUGGUAACAUGGACCGAACCAAAACGGUAUCUCUCUUUGGGGAUGACUACAAGCCUGGUCCUGAGUUAGAUGAACAAAUGAUCCGGCCACCUCCAGCAGAACUGGAUGUAUCAUCGACACCUACAACGCCUGCCCCGUCAACAUGGGCGUAUAUAACGUUCUCCGUGACCGCUCUGGAAUCCCUGAAGAUCGACGCAACAAAAACGAUGACUCUCCCAUCUGGAUUCAUCUCUACAGACGAUGCACUCUGUGCUUUUAUUUGGAAAUGCGUUUCCCGCGCCCGAAUUCCCUGCCUGGCACCCAAUACAAAGUCCUCUUUUGCACGCGCUGUGGACAUCCGUCAAAGAAUGGGACUUCCUACUUCAUACCCAGGGAUGUUCCAAAACAUGACCUACCAGCAUGAUACACUACAAUCACUAGCAGAGAAACCACUUGGCGUUAUAGCCUCAGAGUUUCGCCGACAAUUAGAUCCCAAAGUCCGGGAUCUGGUCUAUAAUGCUCGGGAAGCCGGAGGUAGUUCGAAGACCGGGGUUUAUGCCUUUUGA